AUGUGGCGGCAGACGGUCGGCACCACGGCGACGUUCCGCCACAGCAAGCUACGGCACACGAAGCGCGCCGCGCGCGGCUCGGCGGCGGCGCGCGGGCCCGCGGGCAGGCCGUUCGGGCGCGGGGCCUCGCCGAGGCUGGCCGCGGGCGACGGCGGCGGAGGGGGGCGCGGGGGCCCCGCCCCAGGGCCAGGGCCCGCCGCCGCCCGCCCCGGCUACGGCUAUGAGGCCCUGUCGGCGGGCAGCGAGUGCAGCGACGCCGACCCCGACGACGGCCCAGAGUACACGGCCUUCGAGAUGGAGACCUCGGGCGGCGGCGAGUCGGCCGAGGGGCCCUCCUCGCGCGGCUCCGCCAAGGUCAACUUCCCGCCGGACGUCGAGCGCGAGCGGAGGCCCACCGCCACGUUCACUUCCUUCCGCCGGGGCCGCGGACGCUCGAUGAGCGCCUGGAGCGACAUCAGCCGUUCCAGCAUCCGCUUCGAGGAGCGG